AGGGGGGUGGGGCUGGCUUUCCGAAGGAGGAGGUGGAGGAAGAGGAGGGGGAGAAGGGGUCUGAAGGAGGAAGGUCUACAACAAAUCGGCUGCUGCAUAUUUUCAGAGGCAGCGGGAACUGAAGCAGCAACGCUGAACGGCAAAGAAGGGAGAAGAAAUGCGUGCGACGGAUGAGCAGUAGAUCUUCGCUACGCUGCUGUCAUUAAGACCCCCAGCCCCCCUCUCAAUCCUGAAGGAUUGAGCAUCGAUGGCAGAGACACAGAGCAGCCCCGUGCUCCCACCAGCCUUAUCCUAUGCAUCGCUGUCCACCCAGAGGACGGCUGUGGCUGUGCUUUAGGCUCCUGCCCUGUGCUGCCCGAGACCAGCUGUCGGAGCCCCACGUACCUCUGAUACCAUGCUGAGAGCAGAAGGGGCACCCCCCUCCCUCGCCCUGCUGCUGGUGAUGGCGUUGAGCUGGUGCCACCUGUGCCACUCGCUGCGGACCUCAACACUUUCCUCCUAUGCAAAGGCAGAGGACAGAUUGUUAAACUACCUCUUCAAAAACUACCAGAAAUGGGUUAGGCCAGUGGAAUUCCUCAAUGGGACAGUAACAGUGAAAUUCGGGCUAGCCAUCUCCCAGCUAGUCGACGUAGAUGAGAAAAACCAGCUCAUGACAACCAAUGUGUGGAUGAAGCAGGAGUGGGCUGACAUCAAACUACGGUGGAACCCUCCUGACUAUCUGGGCAUCGCCAGUAUCCGUGUUCCUUCGGAUAUGGUCUGGAUCCCGGACAUUGUGCUGUAUGAUAAUGCAGACGGGCGUUUUGAAGGGACAGUCACCAAAGUCAUUGUCAGGUACGAUGGCACCAUUUCAUGGACCCCACCAGCAAGUUACAAGUCAGCAUGCAACAUUGAUGUCACCUUUUUCCCCUUCGACCUCCAGAACUGCUCCAUGAAGUUUGGUUCUUGGACUUAUGAUGGCUCACAGGUGGACAUCCUUUUGGAGGACGUCAACGUGGACAAGCGGGACUAUUUUGACAACGGCGAAUGGGAGAUCAUGAAGGCCACAGGCGGCUGCGGCCUGAGACGGGACGGUGGCGCCUCCUACCCGACCAUCACCUACUCCUUCAUCAUCCGCCGGCUGCCCCUCUUCUACACCCUCUUCCUCAUCAUCCCAUGCAUCGGUCUGUCCUUCCUCACCAUCCUGGUCUUCUACCUGCCCUCCAACGGCGGCGAGAAGAUCUCGCUGUGCACCUCCGUGCUGGUGUCCCUCACCGUGUUCCUCCUGGUCAUCGAGGAGAUCAUCCCGUCCUCCUCCAAGGUCAUCCCGCUCAUCGGGGAGUACCUGGUCUUCACCAUGAUCUUCGUCACGCUGUCCAUCGUCAUCACCGUGUUCGCCAUCAACAUCCACCACCGCUCCUCCUCCACUCACCACGACAUGGCGCCGUGGGUGAGGAGGAUCUUCCUGCACCGCCUACCCAAGCUGCUGUGCAUGCGCAGCCACGUGGACCGCUACGCCCCGGACGGAGCUCCUGGGCAAGCCAUGCACCCCAACGGGCGGCUAGCCGAGGCCACACAGCCACUGAACUCUCGGCGCAGCCUGCAGGCCGCUUUGGACUCUAUUCGCUACAUCGCCACGCAUGUCGUGAAGGAGAACGAGGUUCGAGAGGUGGUGCAAGACUGGAAGUUUGUAGCCCAGGUUUUGGACCGGGUGUUUCUGUGGGCCUUCCUCCUGGUUUCAAUCCUUGGCUCUGCCCUGCUUUUCAUCCCCGUCAUUUACAAGUGGGCCAGCAUCAUCGUUCCUGACUUCAGUCACGCACACAGUUAAAGGACAACUACCACAAACCCCCCAAAACUCAAAGGUGUCCAUCAUAAGACACAUGUAUGUGCUUUCCUGUGAUCCCAGACAUAAUAAAAUUAUGCUGAUGUUCAAAACCCCCAAAAGCCUAAUACAUGGAUAAACAAAAUGGUAAAAGAUGUCAACACUUUCAAAUUGGUUGAUGAACGCUCUCUGACAUACAACCCAUGUCAUAACUUAAUAAAUUCAUAACUUUUUUA